GUAAACAACCAACAUGGGUCUGGUUUAGUUCAGCUGUAUCGCUUUUAGUCUGUCUGUGCGUCAACUUUGUAUUCAGAAAAGAUCAAAGUCAUAAAAAAAUAAUAAUUACCAGUUUAGUCAGUCAAUUAGAAAAUCUAACCUAAAAAUAUCUGUGUAGUUUACAUCCUUCUCGCUUCUAUAAGUAGCUAGGUUCACUUGGCCAGUUAAUAUAGGCUAAAACAUAUUUGAAGGAAGAAGUUUGAAAUUGUAGAAUACCAUUUGCCAGGUUUAAUUAUUUUAGUAAUUUAUUUCUUUAUCGUCUCGGUUCAGAGACAGUGGUCCUCAUUCAAUGUCCCAUCAAACUGGAAUCAGAGCAAAUGAAGCGUUGCUUCAUUUCUUUGGAAUUUGCAGAGAUGGAAAAGUAAGAGCAUUCAAAGUUUCAAUAGAUAAUGAGCAGUUAGUCCUGUCAAAACAUAUGGACUCUGAAGGAUCUUGGGAGAAAGACUAUGACCGCUGUGUGCCACAUUUGGUAGAACCGGAACAGCCUUGUUAUGUCCUUUACAGAUUUGACAGUAAAAACGAAACAGGAGGGUUUGACUGGUUGUUGAUAAGUUGGUCUCCAGAUGAUUCACACAUCAGACAAAAAAUGUUGUAUGCCUCUACAAAAGCAACACUCAAGCAGGAGUUUGGCAGUGGGCAGAUCAAGGAGGAGGUUCAUGCCACUGUGCAUGAGGAUGUGACAUUGUCAGGGUUGAAGAAGACAAGACAGGCCGCCAAAUCUCCAGCACCUCUCACCACCAGGGAGGAGGAGUUGGCAAGCCUGUCUCAGGAUCUCACAGAGGUGAGCAUCGACUCCCGCACUCAGACACUUGGGGGUGUGGCCUUUCCCCUCCACCCAGAAGCUGUUGCUGCCAUCCAGGACCUAUCUAUGGGCAACUGUGACUACGUACAGCUCAAGAUAGACAUUGAGAACGAAAAGAUCUUACUAGUGAAGGCUGAUAAGGUGAGUGUGUCGAGACUGCAGAACCUUGUACCGUCUGAUGCUGCCCGUUAUCACCUUUUCUGCUUCAAACACACCCACGAGUGUGAUUACCUUGAGUCUAUUGUGUUUAUAUAUUCUAUGCCAGGCUACUCCUGCACAAUAAAGGAACGUAUGCUGUACUCCAGUUGUAAAGCACCUCUUCUGGAUUAUAUUGAAAACUCUAUUGGCCUUAUAGUUGAGAAAAAGCUAGAAAUUGAUAGUGGGUCAGAACUGACAGAAGAGUUUCUGCAAGAUGAGCUCCAUCCCAAGAGGAACCUUCACCGACCCAAGUUUGAGAAGCCCAAGGGGCCUCCAAAUCGAGGUGCCAAGCGUCUCACCAAACUGCAACAAUAACGUUUUCUCUACCAGCAGUAUUAUGCAUUUACAUAGGCAAUACUACAAAAUGAAUUAUAUUUAUAAAAUUUACAUAUAUUGUUUUUUAUUUAAUAAAUGUUAUUUUUGGUCUUUGAUUUUAA